UUACUCGUUCGAACACACAAUCUUUGUACUCGUUUCUUGUUCAUCUUUUAACAGACUCUUAAAAAAUAAACAGCCUAAAUAUGAAAUUUUUUGUUUGCUUUGCUGCUCUUGCUUUUGUUGCCAUCAGUUUUGCUGAUAAUAUUGAUAAAGAUGCUGAAAUUCGCAGUCUCACCAAUGAUGCAGCCGAUGCCGAAGGCAAUUAUCAAUAUGCCUAUGAGACCAGCAAUGGCAUACAAUUCCAGGAAUCUGGCAAUCCAGAGGGUGUACGUGGUUCUCUGAAUUAUAUUUCCCCCGAAGGUGAACACAUCGCUUUAUCCUAUACGGCCGAUGAAGAGGGUUAUCAUCCAGUUGGUGACCAUUUGCCCACACCUCCUCCUGUACCAGCUUAUAUUUUGCGUGCCCUAGAGUAUAUUCGAUCUCAUCCACCCACACAAGUUAACGACCAACAUUAAGCAGUGAAAAAUUUGAAUAAUGUUGAUUCUUGUUAAUUAGUCUUACCACAAAACAAGGACGUGAUCCACUCCCCCCAUAAUUUGAAUAGAUUUAAUGGCUGUUGAUAUUAAUAGAUUUAAAAUAAAAAUCAGUUGUUAUAGGUUAAGCUGAACAUUUCUUAAAGAACAAAAAUAAAUAUGUACGUAGUUAUAAUAAUCAAUAAAAUAUUGUUAAAGUUUA